AUGAACCUCCAUGCAAAAGCCUCCUCGGACUCAAUGGAGCCGCGCGCCCGGAUCUUGUGUGUGAGACCCUGGAAGAGUGGAGCUGCAGGCCGGCCUCCCUCUCCCCCCUUUUUUUUUUCUUCAACUCACUCAGGAAGAGUUGCUUUUUUCUCAGCAGGUCCGGGGCUCCAUGAUGCAUGCAUGCGUGUGUAUGUGUGUGUGUGUGUGGGUGAGUUAUGACGGUGGGUGGUGCAUUUAGUCCAUGCAUUUUUUGUAAGAACGUGACACGGGCAACUAAACCCCCGGUUUUCUGAAUAACAAAUGGGUUACAAUAUGCUGUGAAUGAACUAACUCCAGCAUGCAACUCCCAAAACCAAAUUUAUCAACAUGCAAGUCCUAGUUAGAGACCAGACAGAUAAGAAGAGUGUGCAUCACAAACCUUCUGCGUCUUCCUUUGUUUGCUGAAUGAGGCUUGACAUGUCAGCUUAUUGCCUCUGCAGAAGUAAGUUCAUUUAUAAUCACCCACUCGUCCACUCCCCACUGCAGCUAUAUAGCUCAGACCGGGCUCAGGCUCGAGCCCCCUUCGUUCAUCCCUCAUCUGGCCCCCAGUGUGGCUUGUUGAGCCGCAUCAGCAACACAUCGCUUCCCUUCAAUUCAGGUACAAACUAGAGGAGUUUGGCGGAUCCCUGAAGUGGACUCCCCUCUUACUCCUCUAACCCACAGAGACACCACUUAAAAAUCAAUUAGGCUCGUCUGCUCUCUUUUCUCGCUCCCUGCUAGCUAGUCAGCAUUUUCAAAACAGGUGUCUCAUCAUAAUUUGGGUGGGUUUGUAAAAUAUAAUCCAACUCACAGAUUGUAAAUUUAAAUGCACCUGCUCAUGACCUCCCUUUUGGCCCUCUCUAAAGAUUUGGUUUUGCAAAUUAAAAAUCACAUAAAAGCUUAAUUUUAACCUAUGUAAUGCUCUAUCAUGAUGAAUGUUCAUCUUGCACAAUGUUUGCACAGAAUGAUUUGUGAAAACCCACAUCCAGCUGUAACCAAUUGUGUGAAAUCUACCUUUUUAAAGUUAUCACUUCACUCCUACAAUGUCUCUCUUCAUAGUGACUCCAAAGGCAUUGGGCAUUUCCUCAAGUAGUCUCCCUCAGCUGAUGGGCAGUGGCCUGGUCCCCAUGUUAAGGAGCUGCAGCAGGGUGACACGGAGCAGCAGUAUUGCUGGAGGAGAACGUGUGCUCACUCUUCCAGGUAGCUGGCUUGAUCUAGAGACGGAAGCAGGGAGGGAGAAAUAA